AUGAGCACCGAGUGGAAGUCCGUCAACGCCAACAACGACACCUUCGAGGGCGUUGACCGCAAGACCGGUGCUAAGGAGUGGUCUGCUACCCGCAACGACCUGAUCUUCGGUCACCACGCCGAGCUUCGUGCUCUCUCUGAUCUGUAUGGCAGCCACGAUGGCCAGUCCAAGUUCGUUCGUGACUUCGUCGCUGCUUGGGACAAGGUCAUGAACCUGGACCGUUUCGAUGUGGUCUACGGCUCGACCAUCUCUGGUCGCCCGGCCCAUUAUUAA